CUAUGUUCAAUACCUCAAAUGUGCAAAGAUUUUUUUCAAAAACUUUACGCGGUUGACAAGUUGAAUCCGGUACCGAAACAAGAAUGACAUUAUUGAAUAUAUUCUGCUGUCCUAUGCUUUGCCUUUCCCGUUUUAGUCAAAUCGUCAAUCUGGAAGCUGAUUGUUCAGUGUUCUGAACUAAGUCUUCUUCGUGCCGUGCAAGUAGAAUCGUUAACAGAGACAAAGGUGCACCUGUUUGCAUCCUUUGGCUUCCAAUGAAGGAAUAGGUCCAAAGGUGUGUCCAUCAGGACUGAGGUCAUGCACCUAACCACUCCAAUCUUUUGACGAAAAACAUGUGUUCAACUUCAAUCUCGCCAGCUUCACUGGAUCGGAACUAGUGCUCCCGAUCCAAGUAUAUAUGCAUAGGAAAAGCCGAAGAGGGGACAACGAGGAAGAACCGAAGAAGCUCGAGUUAAAGCAGAGACAGAAAGAAAGAAAUGGCGAGCCCGCACUGCUUUGCCAACCCGCCGGCGCUGGACCCGGCAUGUGGAGCGGGCGAGGUCGUCGACGACUUCGGCGGACAGAAGGCCUACGUCGCCGGGUCCGCUGAGGCCAAGGUCGCCGUCGUUCUCGUCUCCGACGCCUUCGGAUUUGAAGCGCCAAAGCUGAGGGAGAUAGCAGAUAAAGUUGCUUCGGACGGUUACUUCGUUGUGGUGCCAGAUUUCCUGCAUGGGGAUCCAUACCAACCCAACAACCCCAAUCCUUUGCAGUGGUUACAAUCACAUGACCCGGUAAAAGCAUUUGAGGAGGCAAAACCAGUUAUUGCUGCUCUGAAAGAGAGGGGGAUGUCUACUAUUGGAGCUGCAGGUUAUUGCUGGGGUGCGAAGGUAGUCGCCGAGUUGGCUAAAGCUCGUGAGAUCCAGGCUGCUGUGAUGUCGCACCCUUCGUUUGUUACUGUCGAUGAUAUCAAAGAAGUCAGAUGCCCGAUUUGUGUACUUGGGGCUGAGAUUGACCAAUUCUCCCCUCAAGAAUUAGUCAAGCAGUUCGAGCAGGUUCUUUCUGCAAACUCUGAGGUUGCUCACUUUGUCAAGAUUUUUCCUGGCGUCACGCAUGGGUGGGCGGUGAGAUACAGUGACGAUGAUGAGGCCGCUGUUAAGAGCGCUGAGGAAGCCUUUGCUGACAUGACGGGCUGGUUUGAUAAACACCUGAAAUGAUGUGAAACAUGAACUGGCUAGUAGCUUUCCACACAAUAAGCUCCUGACAGGACGUGCUAUAUCUUCAUACUUCAGUUAGGUGUCAGUGUGUGUCCUCAAAAGUUAGGUGUCAGUGUGACUUCGUCGGUGCUUGGGCUUGUUUUCAUAUAUGUGCUGGCUAUUACUACUACUAGGCCAUGUUUGGUUAGCCCCUAAUUUUUUUUUCAAAAAAAGACGAAUGUAUGAAUGGAGUACUAAAUAAAGUUUAUUUGUGAAA